AUGCCACCCCCUGGGGGUUGCAUUUCGCGACCUAAUAAUAAUAAUAAUAAUAAUAAUAAUAAUAAUAAUAAUAAUAAUAAUAAUAAUAAUAAUAAUAGUAAUAAUAAUACGCUGGGCGCACAAUAUUCUCGACCGACUGACUCACUUUCGAGUAGUAACCAAAGCAGGCCGAAAAUGGCGGGGGAAACGCUUGCACGCGAGGAGAAGCUGGGGCAACUUUUGCUGCUUCUGAAGGGGCGCCUCGUGCCGUGUCUUAAGUCCGCGCCCUGUCCGGACUCGUCCUCCGCCCUCCCUCCCCCGCGAGUGCGCGCUCGCGGGCGCCGAAACGGGCUCCGUGGGCCUUGGGGAUUCGGCGGUGAGGGGCGUCGGGGGGGGCCUCGCGAGGGACGCCGGGCGUUCUACACACCGGGUGAUCAGGGCCCACUCCCUGCAGAACAGGACAUGCGGGCCGCCCACGGACCUUCGCCGACUCCGCCGAAGAUUGGCUCCAUCUGCAAAGCGCGUGGCGCGCUCCGAAGCCACGACGGCAGGAGCGCGCCGGUUGUGUGUUACAUCGGAGCGGCACUAGAGGGGCUCGACGGCCGACUCAGCCACACGCGAAGGAAAGGAAUUCCUGGAUAUUUUGUGAGGGUGGUGGUGGAGUGUACGCAAGGUUGUAUUAACAAUAAUAAUAUCUAUAAUAAUAAUAAUAAUAAUAAUAAUAAUUUCGUUAAAGAGGGCUUUAGCUACAUCACGGCUUAA